UCUUUCAGGGAUUCUUCAACCGAACCGUAUAUCGCUGCACAUAAUAUCAUAUUAUCCCACGCAAGGGCUGUUGGCAUCUACAAAAACAUCUACCAGAUAAAAAAUGUCAAUAUGCUGCAUGCUUUUCAUUGACACGAAGUGGUUAUUAAUGUGAAAUCAAUUAUUAAGGCGAAACAAGGAGGCUCUAUUGGAAUUGUGAUUAUGACCCAGUGGUAUGAACCUCUCAGAAAUAUCACAAUAGACAUUUUGGCAGCUCAGCGGGCACUCUCUUUUGAAAUGGCUUGGUUCCUGGAUCCUUUACUACAAGGUGAUUAUCCUAUUGAAAUGCGUCGAGUCCUUGGAUCAAGGCUACCCACAUUCACAGAUGAAGAGAAGACCAAAUUACGAAAGGGAGUGGAUUUCAUAGGAGUCAAUCACUACACAAGUCUUUAUGUGAAGGAUUGCAUGUUUUCUCCAUGCGAGCUGGAUAAAUUUUCAGGAAAUGCGCUAGUAUUCGCCACCUCACAAAGAAAUGGGGUGCCUAUUGGAGCUUCGACCGGGAUGCCAACUAUGUUUGUGGUUCCACAUGGCAUGGAGAAGUGUAGGACAUAUCAUGCAAAGAUACAACAACACACCUAUGUAAGCAUGCUACAAAGCAAUAAGGAGAAAGCCAUUGAUCCAUGUGAUCAAGUCCCUGAGUCAAUUGUUCAAGCAAUAACAAAGAAGGUGGUGGCCACUCAACAAGAGGAGAUGAAGAGACAACAAGAAGCUCAAGCUACAAGUAUGAUUCAAACAUUUGCAGAUAUGUUGAGUGAAGUAACUGGACGUCCAGUUAGUCCAAGCUUUGUUGACAGGUUUAAAGCGCAUACUAAACUUCCUGAAGAGGCUGCUAGUGUUCUAGAUCAUAAAGAGGUACAGAAAUGAUGAAAGCCAAGAUUGAGAUUGAUACUGACAGGUUCCUAGUGAGUAUUUGACAUUGAGGAACAAGUUUUUAGAAACAAAUAGAGAAUAUAGUCUUUGACCGAGAAGUUUCAUGUUUUGUAAUCAAAUGUUGAUGUACAUUGUUUGAAAGUUAGUUCGGUACGAUAUUUUCUGAGUUGAAAUGUUGGUAGUGUGGAUUUAAUACUUUGUAGUUUUUAUACUAUACUGAUGUAUGUUGGCACUUAUCAUUAUGGUUGAUUAUGCUCAACAUAAUCAUUUUUA